GCUCUGCGAGCCUGCACUUUGCCUCGUUCAACGAUCCACCAAUGGCCAAGUGGUCUGAGGAGAGCUUUCACUUUGCACGGUCUCUGAUUGGCUGGAUUCUCCGCCCAGGGGUUGCAUCGAUCAUCCCCUUGGCGCUUCCUCGGACUUCGGUAUAUAAAGCAGCCUCCCCAGGGACACGGACGGAUAGUCGGAACCCUUUGCUGUUUCGUGGAUUCUCGCUGGUUCUCGCGAGUGAACCCUCCCCGCCGUUGGGACACCUGAAAUUAGUUUAACAAUAACUGUUAACAGUUAACUGCGAAAAGGGACAGACACGAGGUUAAUCGAAACGUAAAUUUGGUUUUAGAAGUGAAUACCUGGGAUUUAGAAGUGGAGGAGAGACCUUCGAGAAGAUUUCCUUUUUUUUUUUUUUGAAGACUGACUGAUCGAGGGGUUACCUUCACCAGUGAAGUGAUUAAUGAGCUGGUAAGGAUAAGGAGCAUGGCGAGCCAUUCGAGUUACGAGUACGAGGACAGGGGACAGAGGAUGCGACAUCGGGUCGGUACCACUUCCAGGGCGGCUGAUUCUACCGUGGCUUGCACUAGCAGUCAGUAUUACGUGGGCCCGAGCAGCGACAUCAGCGAGGAGGACCUUGCCGAGCUUCCUUCCUGCGUUUACGCGGGUAGAUCCACUCAACACGUCGCGCACACCUCACACGCUCAUUCGCCUAUCCAUUACCACAUGCCGGUCUCUACGCCUGAUCACAACGAUACAGAGAUAAACGGCGUGGAAGAGGGCUACUAUCCAAACGGCAGCCCCUACAGAAUUCAACGACACGCGGCCAACAUACGCGAGAGAAAACGCAUGCUGAGCAGCAUCAACUCGGCUUUCGACGAGCUCCGAGUUCAUGUACCAACGUUCCCGUACGAGAAGAGGCUGUCCAAGAUUGAUACUCUGCGCCUGGCUAUAGCGUACAUCGCGCUACUUCGAGAGGUGCUGGCUGCAAGGCUCGAUCCACUGACUUACGUCGAGAGGUGCCUUAGAGGAGAAAUAAACGGCGAACGUGCCGAGUGGAACACCAGCGUAGAUCUGACCGCACGUUUAUCGUGGAUAAAUUGGGAGAACCUAGGCGUGAAUCCUAAUCGACGAUCGGUCCUAACCACGCUCGCCCUAACCACGGACAAUAUGAAUUGAAGUAGAGAGAAGAAAAUCUCACCGAGGAUGAUCGCGCAGACGAGUUGUCUCCUUUUCUUUGUAAAUAAAUCCCAGUCGAAUAGAGAGUGCCAAA